CAACAACAACAACUUUGAUUUAAUAAUUUUUUAACACUGUAAUGCUACGUCGAUCAUAUCAUAAUGUUACAGUCGUUACUAGUAGCGUGUUCGUUGUUGUAAUCCGUGCGCGUGUCCUCAUCAAAAUACAUUAAUAUUGUACGUCGUCCUUGCACAUAGUUGCGUCAUACAUAUCAUUUUCCCUUUUCGGUUAGCUAACAAUUCCGUGUCAGGUGUCGCACACAACUGUUGUCGUCCGGCUUCCCACCCCAGCAACUGACGUAAAGAAACCCCAAAAAUUAAAGUAAUAGAUAGAUAGGCAUCGAACGCACGAUCGACGACGAGUGUCAAUUACUAUCCGUGCACAUUUUUGAGUGGAACCACACGCCUGUCCAGUGUGGUGUUGACACUUAAGAUUCGUCGAAAAAUGAACGUCGACGUCUGAGAAUUCACAAUUACGUAGCUGUUCAUAAUAUAAUCGAUAAGCAAUGCCACUCUUCUACAGUGUAGUAGCCAGAGGUAUGGUCGUGUUAGCCAAGCAUGCCAACUACCAAGGCAAUUUUGGAGAAAUUUUGGAAGGUGUUUUAAUCCAGAUAGGACCAGAAAACAAAAAACAAAGUUUACUACAUGACCAUUACUUAUAUCAUUACAUUUGUGAAGAUCAAAUAGUUUAUAUGUGUAUUACAGAUGAUGAAUUCCAAAGAUCCAAAGCCUUUUUUUUCUUAAAUGAAAUAAAACGAAGAUUUCAAGCUACAUAUGGUCAUCGAGCAUCUAAUGCUAUUGCAUAUGCCAUGAAUUCUGAAUUUGCUCCAAUACUUGCUUCUGAAAUGAAACGAUUUUCUAGUCCAAAUGAGUUUGAUACAUUAUCUAAAGUACAUGGAGAAUUAGAUGAAUUAAAAGACAUAAUGGUUCGAAAUAUUGACAGUGUAGCUCUUCGUGGAGAAAAGCUUGAACUAUUAGUUAAUAAAACUGAAAACUUAUGUUCACAAUCCAUGAAUUUCAGAGUACAAAGUCGUACUCUACAACGUUCAUUGUUCUGGAAAAACAUCAAAAUAUAUGUUUUAUUUAUAGCUAUAGGACUUGCUGUUAUAUAUUUCAUUACUGCUUUCUUCUGCGGGUCACUUGCUCUCAAUUGUAGUUAAUUUUUAUGAACUUACAAUAUAUUUCUAAUUUAUACUUAUUCCAAUACAACAUCUCAAAUUUUAUAUG